AUGAUGAUAGUGACUUUGACUCCAAAUUCAUUUGUAACGGCAUCGGGACCGUUACAAUGGAUAAAGAAACGUUUUUCAAUUAUGUAUGUUCCAAUACCUUCUCCACCAAUCUUAUCUGGACAAAUACCCUCAACUGCCGAUAAUUCUGUUAAAUCUGUAUUUGAUCGCUAUAGUGCAGCAGCAAAACGUUAUAAAUAUUUGAGGCGUUUAUUAAAGUUUCAUCAAAUGGAUUUUGAAUUUGCUCUAUGGCAAAUGUUGAAUUUAUUCAUAGCACCACAAAAGAAAAUGAAUUCAAUCUCAUUUUUAGAAACAAAGAAUCAAUGGGCUCGAGAUGAUCCGGCAUUUUUAGUUUUAUUACAAAUAUUUCUUGUCGUUUCAUCAAUUAUAAUUGGACUCGUACUUGGUAUAGGAUAUUUUGGAAUUGUUAAACUUGUUUUAUGGGUUGUUCUUGUCGAUUGUGUACUAGUGGGUCUAUUGAUUUCUACGAUUUAUUGGUAAGUUUCAUAUGUGAGGUGAUUGUUGAGGAAAGGGAGUCGAAUGGUUGAUAUUCAGUGUAUCAAAAUAUCGUUUCUUCAAUAUUGUCACCCUAAACUGGAUACCUAUUUUAAUAACUAUACACGGUUGGAAAUAAUAUUUUUCCAGGGGAGUAGAGCUGAAACUACAAAUGAUAUAAAAAUUUAUUAUAUACCAAAUUAAUGUUCAUCUAAAAUGGAAUUGAUGUGUACGACUGAUAUUCUGUAUGACGAUUAUUGGCUGUAGAACUAUGGAAGUUUCUAUCGAGUGCGUCAUAAUGA